GCGGUUGCGCCGGCCGAGGACGGGGCGGGAGAGACAGGGCGGGCACCAUGCGGGCGGCUGCGGCUGCGGCGGGCACGGCGUUGCAAGGGCUCUUCGCGGUCUACAAGCCGCCGGGCAUGCACUGGAGAGCCGUCAGGGACACGGUGGAGAGGCAUCUGAUAAAGGGCUUAAACUCCUUACAGCGCCCAGAACCGCGUCAACAAAUAUGCUUUCAGCCCACCGUGUCUGAAAAGGAGGAGACCGGGAAGGAAUUGACCCUAACCGUUAGCCGGGUUCCGAUGCUGGCUGACCAUCCUCUAGUUUCAGGACCGGUUUUUACGGAAUUAAAAAUUGGGGUGGGUGAUCAUCUGGAUAUGCAAUCCUCGGGAGUUUUCGUGCUCGGUGUUGGUUAUGGCACCAAGUUGCUCAGAAAAUGGUACAACGCACAUCUUACCAAGGCAUACACCGUCACUGGCUUGUUCGGCAAAGCCACCGACGAUUUCUCAGACACCGGCAAACUGAUUGAGAGAAGCACAUUUGAUCAUGUAACGCAGGAGAAGCUGGAGCGGAUUGUUUCGGUGAUCCAGGGAUCCAAUCACAAAGCUUUACUACAGUGGGCUAACCUCGACCUGAAAACUCAAGAAUCCUAUGAGCUGGCGGUUAAAGGCCUAAUUCGGCCGAUGAACAAAAGCCCCCCUUUGAUCACGGCAGUGCGAUGCCUCCGUUUUGAACCGCCUGAAUUCCAGCUGGAAAUUCACUGCUUGCACGAGAACCAACAGUAUCUCCGCAAGAUAGUUCACGAGAUAGGGUUGGAGCUGAAGACCACGGCGGUGUGCAGCCAGGUGAGGCGGGUACGUGACGGCGUCUUUGUGCUGGACGAUGCCCUGCUGAGGACGGAGUGGGACCUCCCGAACAUCCAGAGGGCAAUUUUGCAAGCCAAACAGAAAGUAGAAGCUGAACUUCACAACAGUUUUGCGCACCUGAACGCCAGGGUGGACGGUGAAAGGGAACAGAUCUGACCCAAAUCUCAAGAAUAUUGGGAAAAGCCGUGCGAAACAUCCCAGAAUUCCAAUGUUUAGCUUGGAUGAGGAGGUUCCAAGUUGGCUGGUUCCUCUCUAAAACUGUGCACAACGUACCAAAGAUAUUGCAAUUUAAGGGGGAGGAAGGAAGAUGAGAGAAGGAAACGAUGGAAGGAAGGAGGGAAGGAGAUGAGAAAAGGGAAGGAUGGAUGGAAGGAGAUGAGAGAAGGGAUGGAUGGAAGCAAGGAAGGAAGAGAGGAUGAAUGGAUGGAAGGAGAUGAGAGAAGGCAAGAAUGGAUGGAAGAAAGGAAGGAAGAUGAGAAAAGGGAUGGAUGGAUGGAUGGAUAGAAGGAAGGAAGGGAUACUGUACCCAGAUCCAGCACAGUAAAAUUAGUUGUUGUGGCUGAAAUUGGGUAUUUCAAAGUAACAGAUUGUUACUACUGUUGUGUAUUUCAAACACCAACCGAAUUUCUAUUAAAAUAAGCUAUUUUGUUUCUUCCUCGCACAGAAAUAAACCUUCUUAGCAGAUAUUGGUUACUAAAUGGAACUCAAAAGGUUUGAUCUGGUUUUUCAGUUUAUGCCCACAUCUGUGGAAUGCAGUGUCUGGAUUUGAACGCAAAAACACAUCCCUUUAUUUCAGCGGCAGAGCUAAACCAUCUCACAAAUGCUUUUGAAAUUUCACUUCCAAGCAAAAAAAUUGCACUGUUUUUAUAGACAAUGUUGUUUCCUGUUCCAAAAGAGCAAAGUCCCUCACUCUUUUCAAAAGC